CCACAUCCUUGAAUUUAGAGUCUUUGUAACUGCAAUGCGCGAAGUGGAAGAGGAUCGAGGAGAUGACUCUUUUUUCCAUCUUUGAGGGCAGAUUUUAAGGAAUUUCGAGGAUUGACACAGGAACAUUCUAUUUCCAAGAAUUUAGAGGAUAGAGAAAUCUUAGCAACCAUCAUGCCAAAGCUUGAAGGUUAUGAAUUCUGGGAGAAAACCCUGGGUAAACCCCGCUUCAUCGUGGCUCCUAUGGUAGACCAGAGUGAGUUACCAUGGCGAUUAUUGAGCAGAAGACACAAGGCACAGUUAUGCUACACACCAAUGUUACAUGCUUCUGUCUUCAUCAGAAAUCAUCGCUACAGGAAGGAUUCACUGGCAUCCUGUGAGGAAGAUAGUCCCCUUAUUGUUCAGUUCUGUGCCAAUGACCCAGAGGUUUUUGUAGAAGCUGCUAUGUUGGCCCAGGAUCAUUGUGUGGCAGUUGAUCUCAAUUUAGGGUGUCCCCAGUCCAUUGCAAAAAGAGGUCAUUAUGGUGCAUUUCUACAGGAUGAAUGGGAACUGAUCAGUGAUAUGGUGAGCCUGGCUCACAAGAAGCUAUCUGUACCAGUCACCUGUAAGAUCCGUAUCUUCCCCAGUGUGGAGAAGACUGUACUCUUUGCCCAGAUGCUAGAGAAGGCUGGCUGUCAGGUGCUCACUGUCCAUGGUAGAACCAGAGAGAUGAAGGGACCUAUGACAGGACUUGCUGAUUGGUCAGUUAUCAAGGCGGUCAAAGACGCGGUCAAGAUCCCUGUGGUUGCUAACGGCAACAUCCAAUCCCUGAAGGAUGUGGAGCAGUGCAUUGAGGAGACGGGGGUGGACGGUGUGAUGAGUGCUGAGGGGAAUCUCCACAAUCCUGCCCUCUUUGAAGGAACCAAUCCAUUCUUCUGGGAUAUAUCCUAUGAAUACUUCACCUUGGUCAAGGCCUAUCCCUGUGCACUUUCAGCAGUCAGAGCACAUCUCUUCAAACUCUGGCAUCACAGCCUGCUAAUUCAUAUUGAUCUGAGGAUGGAACUAGCCAGAGCAAAGUCUGCAGAGGAAUGUGAGGACAUCUGCAGAAGGCUACAGGUUCGUUGCGAGGAAGAAGCUGCCAAGCACGAUCCCACACCAGCACUAGGUGAUGACAGGCAGGAUCCCACAGCAACGCUAGGCAACAGCAAGCAGGAUCUCUCAGCAAGGUUAGGAGAUGACAAACAGGAUCCUGCACCAGCACUAGGAGAGGGCAAGCUACCUCACUGGCUCUGUCAACCUUACUUCAGGCCGACUCCAGCGGAGACUGAAGCUAAUCGUGCAGAGAAGAAUAGAAAGCGCCCUCUAGCUGUCAUCAUGGAAGAUCAGAACACUGAGGGGUUGUCAAAGAGUCAGCUUAAGAAGAGAGUACGCAAUCCCACGAUUACAUUCCAAAGCAAAGCCAAGAAAUAUGAGAAGUGUGCCAAGUGUGCGAAUCCUCGUGGUAUGAAGUGUGUGUUUAGUGAAUGCAGAGCUUGCUGUAAGCACACAGCACACAGAGCAGUAGCUGACUGUCCAGGUCACAACUUGCUCUUCAAGUCCAAGCAACUCAAACGUCUUCAGUGGGAGGCAGCACAGAGAGAGAAGGGUUUGCUGACAGAUGAAACACCAACAUCGGAGGCUUCAAACCCUGACACACGUGCCAAUAACGCAAUAAAGGAAGGGACUUCACAGCAGCUUGAUUCGGGCUAGAUCAAUCAACGAAUUAGUCUUGUUCUCAGACUUCUAGUGAAUUUGGACUAAUUCGCCUUAGCAAUGCAGACUUUAUAAAGAUAUUUAUUCUUCAUAUUCAGGGAUAUUUGAGAGAUUAAUCAUUUGGCUGUGGACUUGUCGGAAUUUGCAAUCUAAAUGAAAUCAAAACUUAUUCGGAAAUUAUGAUGAGUUUGGGUACAGAAUUUUAAUUUAAAUAUUGAUACAUGUACUUAAAACACAUUUCAUUCAUUUUGGAUCGUGCCUGAAGAAUGUAAUACGCCAAACAAUGUCCCUGCAGCAUAGUACAUUUUUAUGCAUUUUAUUUAUUUUUCAUUGUCAUUACCAUUGGUUGGCACUGGAUUAUAAGUACCUAAAAGCUAUAUUUCUAUUUUUCAUUCUGAAUUGUAUAUCAUACAAUUGUGCUGUAAAUGCAUUUUUAGCCAUUUUCGUAAUUGAGUCUUACUAAACGUCACUGCAAGCAUGAUCUAAUGCACGUAAUUAGACUUCUUAUUUGUGGUAGAGUGUCCUUAAUGGCUGUUCUUAAUGUUUUCUGAACGAUAAUAGUAAAGGUAAUAAUGGUAUUGUUUUAUAGCGCGCACACAUUAUCCAAACACACUCAUGGUGGUGCUGCAUGUAGCUUAACAACAUGCUACAAAUAUAAACAAACCAAUAAUCAUAAAUUACAUGAUUGAUGCAAAAAG